AGUCCCACCUUCGGGGCGGCGCCUGUCGGCGGGGAGUGUCAGGAAGAGGAAGAGCGCGGCCGAGUGUGCGGUGCGGAGCAGGGGCCGGGCCGAGGCAGCUGCGCGCGGGCCACCAUGGCCACGGACGAGCUGGCUAGCAAGCUGAGCCGGAGGCUGCAGAUGGAGGGCGAAGGCGGCGAGGCGACCGAGCAGCCGGGGCUCAACGGGGCGGCGGCGGCGGCGGCGGCCGGGGCUCCCGACGAAGCUGCCCAGGCGUUGGGCAGCGCGGACGACGAGCUGAGCGCCAAGCUGCUGCGGCGUGCGGACCUCAACCAGGGCAUCGGCGAGCCGCAGUCUCCCAGCCGCCGCGUCUUCAACCCCUACACCGAGUUCAAGGAGUUCUCCAGGAAGCAGAUCAAAGACAUGGAGAAGAUGUUCAAGCAGUAUGAUGCCGGCAGAGAUGGCUUCAUCGACCUGAUGGAACUGAAACUCAUGAUGGAGAAACUGGGGGCCCCCCAGACUCACCUGGGCCUGAAGAGCAUGAUCAAUGAAGUUGAUGAGGAUUUUGACAGCAAACUCAGCUUCCGGGAGUUCCUUCUGAUCUUCCGCAAGGCGGCGGCAGGGGAGUUGCAGGAAGACAGCGGCUUGCACGUCCUGGCCCGCCUCUCUGAGAUCGACGUCUCCACAGAGGGCGUGAAGGGUGCCAAGAACUUCUUCGAGGCCAAGGUCCAGGCCAUCAACGUGUCCAGCCGCUUUGAGGAGGAGAUCAAAGCCGAGCAAGAGGAAAGGAAGAAGCAGGCUGAGGAGGUGAAGCAGCGGAAGGCGGCCUUUAAGGAGCUACAAUCCACCUUCAAGUAGCCAGGGCUAAGGCCCAGACCCGGCCCUGCCCGGCGAGCAGUCUGGGGGCACGGGUGGGUACAGGAGACCCGUGGGAGACAAGCCUGAGUCCUGGUCUGUGGGGGCCAGGACCACUACUAAACUCUAAGCUGUUUGUGAGCGGAUCUCAUUCCGGAGUCUCCCCAGGGGUCGGGCCGUCCCUGCUCCCUCCCGCUCUCCCUUCCUCUCUGACCACACUGCUGCCUGCUCCAGCCCAUUCACGCCCCUGCCUUGUGUACCAGCUGCUUUCCCCCCACCUACCCUUAACCUUAGGCCGCCCUGCCCUGGGCCUCAUGGCCCCCUCCUAGAUAGGGACCAGCAGAGAGAGAGGAGUCCCCUCCUUACAGAUCAGCCCCUUCCCCGCUGGGUGUGGAGGGACUCCUGUUUUGGAGAAGAGAUCCAGGCCUCGCACUCUAGGCUGAUAGACAAGGGGCUAAAAGUGGAGGGACUUGUAUUUUGGUGAAGAGACCCAGGCCCUAGCACUCUAGCUUGCUAUAAAUGGGGCCCAGCCAGGCAGGGUGAAGGCCACUGAAUCUACCUCACCGGCUACACUCUGCUAGGCAUGCCAUGGGGACGUGAGUGAUAGGGCUCCGCGGGGAGGGGCAGGUAUGUCACUUUCUGACACCCGACUGCUAGAACAAGCUGAGGGUCCCAAGGGGCUGUGGAGAGGAGGGUGGGGUGCCAAGGGAUUGGCCUUCCUAGGGAGGACCUCGGCGCUCGGCCUUGGUUCCCCAGGGAGUGCCUGAUGUGUUUGUGUGUACUGGCAGGAGGGCAUGGGGCUGGCACCCCUUCACACUGUCCUUCCCUGGGUUGUCACCCCUGAGGGCGCCUGCCUGUCCUGCCCACACCUGGAACGCAUGGGGAUUCCCCAAGCCCAUCCAUCACCAGGCAGGCCAUAGCGAAGCCCGUGCCGUUCCUCCAUCGCUCCCAUGUGCUCGCUCACGUGUGUGCGUGUGUAUCUGUUGCUGUGUUGUGAAACUGUGACGUCACCCAGUCCAAGUGAAUGGCCAUGGAGGCCACUGUUAUGCAACGUUCAGUGUGUCACUGCUUUCGAAACUCGAUAUCUCUUUAUUUUACUACAAUGCCCCAAGAGUCCCCAGUUCCCCCCUGGGGAACUUGCAAAGGUUUUAUUUUUUCGGUCUUAGAACCCGUGAGAAUCGGAGGGACUGAGCCCAGCCCAGCCCAGCAGCUGUGGCCCUGGCUUGGGUUUGCUUGCCUUAGUGGAUAUGUUUAUACAGAUGAAUAUAAAUUCCCUUUACUUUGGGCUUUCUGCAUUUUAUUUUUGGUCCCCCCUCUCACCACCUCCUCCCCCCUCAAAAAAAAAAAAAACCAGCUACUUCUUCAUUCAGUGGUACGAUUAUUUUUUUUAACUAAAAUGAGAUAAAAUUCUA